UAUAGAGCCGGGGUGCUCGGCCCGCCCCGCGCAGGCAGCGGCAGUGGAGAGGCAGCCCUGCUGCAAAGUCAGGCGGAGUCAGCGUCAUCGUCGCUGCUGCAGGCUGCCCGCACCUGUCCCAGCCACCACCGCAGAGAGAGGGGCCACAGAGACGCCAGGGCCCCAGGGGAACCGCACCAGGCAAGGACGAGGCCGGCCGGAUGGGCAGCGCCAUGGAGCCCCCCGGGGGGGGGUAUCUGCACCUAGGCGCCGUGACAUCCCCUGUGGGCACGGCCCGAGUCCUGCAGCUAGCCUUUGGCUGCACAACCUUCAGCCUGGUGGCCCACCGGGGAGGCUUCGCGGGCGUCCAGGGCACCUUCUGCAUGGCUGCCUGGGGCUUCUGCUUCGCCCUCUCUGGCCUCGUGGUGGCCUGCGAGUUCACCCGGCUGCACAGCUGCCUGCACCUGUCCUGGGGCAACUUUACAGCGGCCUUCGCCAUGCUAGCCACGCUGCUGUCCGCCACGGCUGCCGUCCUCUACCCCCUGUACUUCGCCCGGCUGCAGUGCCCCCCCGAGCCCGAGGGCUGCACGACCAGGGACUUCCGCCUGGCAGCCAGCGUCUUUGCGGGGCUCCUCUUCCUGGCCUAUGCCGCGGAGGUAGCCCUGACCCGGGCCCGGCCGGGCCAGGUGGCCAGCUACAUGGCCACGGUCUCGGGGCUCCUCAAGAUCGUCCAGGCCUUCGUGGCCUGCAUCAUCUUUGGGGCCCUGGUCUACGACAGCCGCUAUGGGCGCUACGUGGCCACCCAGUGGUGUGUGGCCGUCUACAGCCUGUGCUUCCUGGCCACGGUGGCUGUGGUGGCCCUGAGCGUGACGGGCCACACAGGGGGCCUGGGAUGCCCCUUCGACCGUCUGGUGGUGGUGUACACCUUUCUAGCCGUGCUCCUCUACCUCAGCGCGGCUGUGAUCUGGCCUGUCUUCUGUUUCGACCCCAAGUACGGGGAGCCCGGGCGGCCCCCCGACUGCCCCCGAGGCAGCUGCUCCUGGGACAGCCAGCUGGUGGUGGCCACCUUCACCUACGUCAACCUGCUCCUGUAUAUCGCUGACCUCGCCUACUCCCAGAGGAUCCGCUUCGUGCCCAGCCUGUAGCUGCCCGCCCACCCAUGGUCUCCAGGGGCUCCAGGCACCAUGAGGGGGACCCAGGUGAACCAAGACCCCCAGGAAGCAAGCCAGAGGGAGGCAACCGGCGGAACCGCUCCCGGAUUUCUGGCCAGGCUUGGGGGCGGGGGGGACGGGAGGCAGAGGGACAGAAGGCCCUGAGCAGGCCACAGGCAAGGGUCCUCCCCCAGGCAGCUCCCAGCCCUUCUCCCUGUCUCUUUGUCUCUCUCCCUGUGUAUCUCUCUUAUCUCUGUCUGUAUCUCUCUCUCUGUCUCCCUCCAUUUCCUGGCCCUCCCUGAUGCAGUGCCACCCACCGUAACAAGAGAAGCUUUUGAACCAGGUGCUGUUGUGACCCACUUUAUAGAUGGGGACACAAAGGCUAGGGUUUUGGAGGCAGCCCCAUGUGCCCAUCAGCGUCUGGAGACCCUGUCCAGGCCGUGACCUAAGUAGAGUUGAAAAGGGGACAGUUCCCAGGGGUGUGGGAUGGACAGCUGUCUCAACAGGGCGCUGCUGGGGGGCUCUGUGCCACCUCAAAGAGAAGGAACCAGGCAUAGGGAUCCCACCGUGCCCAUCUCUGAGUGGCCGUAAGAAGAACAGGAAUCACGGCCUGGUCAUACGGGGCAGCUUCAGCAGGCCAGAGACAGUGCCGGGGACCUGCAGGGACCCUCAGAGGGCUGGCGGCACCCUCGAACGCAGAAUGUGGGGAAGAAGCUGGGUUUCCACACCGGGAGGGAGUGCCCACCAGGCCCCCACCAUCAGCCCCAGGGCAGCAGCUUCUGCAGUGCCCACUGUGGGCCCCCAGCAGGCAAGUCUGGGGUAGCCCUGACCCAGGGGGAGGGCCCAGCCUAGGGCAGCCACUGGGUCAUAGAGCCCGGGCCCCGGACACCUCCAUAGUACUCACAGGCCUGUGACCUCCGCUUGAGUAUCCGUUCACCUGGCCGCUGAUCACCAGAGCCCACAGGGGCUGUUACCCUCCUCAGUCCAGCCCGCUUCUCCUGCUCGAGAGCCCAGCCAGGGCCACCCCAGAUCAAGCCGCUGGCUGCCCCUGAGUACAGCAGCCCCGUGGCCCAUCCCUGGGGGCAGGAAAUAAAUGCUAAUGUUUGCAUCCUG